AUGCCACCAGUUAAACAAGUUUAUGGACAAGAAGAAGCAUCAAAUUGGGAUAAAUUUAAGAUGGGUUUAUUAAUGGGUACAUCAGUUGGUGUAUGUACAGGGGUAUUGUUUGGUGGAUUUACUAUAAUGACACAAGGUGCAGGACCUGAUGGAGUUGUUAGAACUCUAGGUAAAUAUAUUGCAGGGUCUGCAGGUACAUUUGGUCUAUUCAUGUCUAUAGGGUCGGUGAUUCGUAGUGAAACCAAUGAUAGUAAUAUGUUAACAAUGAAACAACAAUAUAAUUUACAACAAAGAGCUAAAUUUGAAACAUGGCGUCUUCGUAAACAAUUUGAAAUUUCGCAUAAAUAA